AAAACAAAGAAGAAGAAGGAAAAGGAGGCGUUGAGCGUUAAAUUGAAAACAGAAAUGGCGGGGCUUAUCAGCUGCUGUUAGCGCCACAACUGUGAAAAUGUAACGACCGGCCAGCUGUUUAAGGUGCUCAAGGUUGGGCAGAAGAUUUUCUGAACCUAAAAUCAGAGGUCAAUAAGAAGAAAAAAGUAUGUAGCCUUUAGUAACGAGUGUUAAAUUUGUAUUUAGCGAUUCCGUUAGCCAGAAGCCAGUGAAGGAUUUUGUUUUUUGUUUAUGUCAACACGCUGUUGUGUUUCUGCUGAGAUUUUAAUACGCAGUUUGCUCUGUGACAACCUUAACUGUCCGUCAAACUCCCAACUAUUACUUUAAUUAGUCUCUAACAGCUGGCCACAGCCAAGAAACUCGUGACAUCUAUCGACUGACCACACAGCUGGAUGACUUCAAGCGGUGGCAAUAAUGCCCGCAAACGGGAAAGUCAUUCCCCACACCCCGCUGGCCGUGGACUUCUGGCAUGUGCGGAAGUGUCCGGGUACCCGGCUGUUUUUUCUGUCCCACAUGCACAGCGACCACACGACAGGUCUGACGUCCACGUGGAGCAAUCGUCCCAUCUACUGCUCACCUAUCACCGCCACUCUGUUGAAACUCAAGCUGCAGGUGAAAGAACAGUGGAUCCAUCCUUUAGAAGUGGGUGAGCCAUACCUACUCCCACUGGAUGAUAUUGGCAAGGAGAGGCUCACGGUCACACUGAUAGAUGCCAACCACUGUCCAGGGGCUGUCAUGUUUCUAUUCGAAGGCUACUUUGGCUCCAUUCUAUACACUGGCGACUUUAGAUACACUCCUUCAAUGCUGCGUGAGCCAUGCUUAAGGACCUACGCCACUAUAGAUGUGCUGUACCUGGACAACACUAACUGUGACCCCAACCGUACCCUGCCAUCAAGACAGCGAGCCACUCAACAGAUUAAGGAGAUUAUUCGCAGCCACCCCAGCCACAAUGUUAUCAUAGGCCUUUAUUCUUUAGGUAAAGAGUCCCUGCUAUUGGAGCUGGCGAUGGAAUUUAAAUCCUGGGUUGAGGUGAGCUUUGAGAGAAUGGAGACCCUUAAAGCUCUGGAGCUGCCUGAUGUCUUCACUACUGAGCCAGGGGCCGGCCGUAUCAGAGCUGUGGACCAGUCAGAGAUUUGUGCCUCUGCUUUGCACCAGUGGAACAAAGAACAACCAACUUUGGCCAUCUUGCCCACCAGCAGGCCCCUGAUCUCUUUCCACCCUGAUGUCCAUGUAGUACCCUAUUCAGAUCACUCCUCCUACCAAGAGCUGGAGGAUUUUGUGUCAGCACUUAAACCUACCUGCCUUAUACCCAUUGUAGGAAAAUGUGUACCUGGAAGUCUUUCUGCCUUACUCCCUCACAAAAAACGCCAUGAAAUCCUGGUACCAGAGUCAGUCCGACACUACAUGUCGAGAGAGCCUGAGAGGCAACUCGGCUCAUCAGCAUACACUAGCCUUCGCCGCAAACACUUCCAUCCUCUUGUUCCUAAAGGAGUGGUAUUUGAGUCUCCUGUAAGGGGAUCUGGGAAGUCAUGUGAAGAACCCUGGGAGGCAGAGUGUGUGGAGCACGAUGCAUCUGGGGAAGAGACAGAAACAGAAAGUAGUGAAAAGGACUCUAACUGUAUCCUCCUGGACCUGAGCAAAGAACUCACCCCCAGCAGAAAUGGAAGAGGGGCUGGAGAUCUGUGGAACCUCAACAUCGUCCAGACAGUCACAGAAGAAAGAGUGAGGGAAGGGUCGACGCCACUGAGCGAAAUCGCAUCGAGCCGCUUCUCUCCAGUGGAGAUUCUGGCAAACCCCAAUGCCUGCUUGAAGCCCAGCGUGACCACAACGUUGUCUUUAGAAACAAGUGCCAAAAUAAUCAAUAACCAGCACAGUGAGUGUGAGAACAACCACACAUUGCCAAUUAAAAAUACCAUGAGUCAGCACUGCGGGAUUGAUCAGAACGACAGCGUGACAUUAUUUCAGAACAGCCCUGAUAAUGAUUCCUGUGCUUCAUCCAGCCCACUGGCUUUGCUGAACUAUGCGUAUAUAGAGGAGCUUGAAAACAGACUUUUAAAGAACCUCCCCUUCUCAGAGGAGGACUUCAAGAGCUGCGGCCUCCUGCAGAAAGGUUUUGUGCAGCAGUUUACCCCUUCACCUUUACAGUGUUCAAAAGACGAUGACCUCUCAGACUGAUUUUUGUUUGUGGUAAUUUUGAGGUUGAAGUUUUUGCCUUCUUUUAGAGGCCUUUUUGUAGUUUUGUGUCAUCAUAAGCACUUAAAGCACUUAUCCUACUCACACCUGCGCUUUAAUUCCUUGUGCUAUUUCUAUUUUUUUCUUCUGUUGUUGUUGUUGUGGCCUGGAAACUGAAAAGGUUAUUGAGCAGGAACAGCUACGUGAUGGUUUUGUUUUUUGUUUCUUUAAGCUUUGCCCUCAAGUUCCUUGUUUCUGUGUAAGAUCGACAGAAAAUAAUUAUUUCUCAUUUGGAAGACAUUUUAUCCGUUUGUUGGUCGGGAAAAACUAAUCAGUGACUUUUUGUAUGGACAAAGCUGAGGCACAUUUUUCAGUAUUAUGUGUUGGUCAUUUUCACACUUUGUCUGGGUGUACAUGCUUCAGCUAUACCGAACUAUGGGGAUACGUGUUAAGAACCCGCACUGCACCAUGGGCCACUUUUGAGAAUAGUGAUAAUUCUCAGUUUCUCUGUAAACACCACUGUUUAUAGUUUAGUUUCACUCCUGUGUCCUUCUUUGUAUAUUAAGAGAUCAGCCUCAUGUUAUUGUUUACUGGGUGCUUUUUUUCCUUUUGUUUUUUUUUUUUUGUUGUUGUUUUUUUUUGUAUGCAUCACAAUUUAGUUUAAUUAUUGCUCGUGGAUACCACUGAUGCUGCGUGAUGCAACUCAACAUCCAUGUGAAUAAACAUUUUCUCAAAAUGUGGA